CUGUAAUUUCGAGAAACGUAAACGCUUCCACACAAAAAAAAUCCGUAGUUUCUUCUACAGAAUCAGAUCUUUGUAUCGUCAAUGGCUCCUUCUUUUAUUUUUGUAGAAGAUCGUCCAGCUCCGCUUGAUGCUACUUCUGAUCCACCGUCUCUCUUCGACGGAACCACAAGGUUGUACACAAGCUACGUUUGCCCAUUUGCUCAACGAGUUUGGAUCACUCGAAACUUCAAGGGUUUGCAAGAAAAGAUUAAACUUGUUCCUUUGGAUCUUGGGAAUAGGCCUGCUUGGUACAAGGAGAAAGUAUAUCCAGAGAACAAGGUGCCAGCGCUUGAGCACAAUGGAAAAAUCAUUGGGGAGAGUCUGGAUUUGAUUAAAUAUCUUGAUAACACUUUUGAAGGGCCUUCUCUUUACCCCGAGGAUCAUGCAAAAAGAGAGUUUGGCGACGAGUUGCUCAAGUAUACUGAUACUUUCGUUAAAACUAUGUAUGUGUCACUCAAAGGAGACCCCUCUAAAGAAACCGCACCUGUGUUAGAUUAUCUGGAAAACGCUCUGUAUAAGUUCGAUGACGGGCCGUUCUUCCUCGGUCAGUUAAGCUUGGUUGAUAUCGCCUAUAUCCCGUUCAUUGAAAGGUUCCAAACUGUACUCAAUGAAUUAUUUAAGUGCGACAUUACUGCCGAACGUCCCAAACUAUCAGCAUGGAUUGAGGAAAUUAACAAGAGCGAUGGCUAUGCACAGACGAAAAUGGAUCCUAAGGAGAUUGUGGAGGUUUUCAAGAAAAAAUUCAUGUAACUGUAAGCAAGCACGAAGCAGUAAAGUGUAUGAGACCAAACCACCUUGUACGAACAGGUGGUCUUUGGAUAUGAAGAAAUAAGAUGUGUACUUGAACCUGAUGAUGCAAUAAGAUUUGUACUUUAAGCAGCAACAGCUUAAUCUGUAUUCUAGUGUUGAUCAAAUUAUCAACCAUUGACAUUGUUAAUAUAUUACUGUAUGAUAGUAAUACUAUCAAAAUCUCACACAUUAAGAACCAGAUGAUGCAAUAAGGAUAAGGUGUAUAGUUAACUUGCAGCAACAGCUUGAUCUAUAUUUGACUGUUCACCAAUAAUCAAUCCUUGACAUUGUAAUAUGAUAUCAAUACAAUCAAAAUCUCACACAUUAAAGUUUUGAAAACUAU